UAGCUCGGUUCUCGCUCCCUUAGCUGCAUCUAUAAAGAAAGCAGACAUUUUAUCACAAAUUUAAUAGUAUCACAUCAGAUGAUUAUUUUCUGCAUAUGACAGCAUUUGGCGUUAUAAGGAAUUAUCAGACCGUGAGGAAUGGAAGACACUGCUAAAGUUCUAGUAAUACAGUCUCCAUGAAGAAUUUGUAGCACUAACUGUGUGGUCAAGAGAAUUUUUCCAAAGAUAUCUUUAAACUUCGAAAGGAUCUACUUCAUGUGCUAGAAGCAGACCAUGUCAAAACACAAAAUAUUGACCGUAAAAGGUCUGUUACAGAACUUAUCGAUGUCUGAAAGCAUCCUGAAGAUGGAAGUACUAACUCGGGCUGACAGCAAAUGUAAAGAAUUCUGAAACCUUUCUGUAAACACAAGGUUAUCCAUUGUCCUGAUGAGCUGGGAGAGGGUGUUCUGUACCUCACGUUGCUUCCAUUGUUCGUUUUUCUUCCAUCAUGAGCAUCUACAGAUAGAAGCUACAAAAUGAAUGCGGAAAGAAUGUCGGAAAGGGCCGAUGAUGACGUCAGAGGGGAGCAGCGCAGAACAGCCUGGCAGCAACAGCAACUACAGCAGAGAGAAGAUUCGGUAGCAGCAAUGGCGACUGUAGGGGAGCGCCGAUCACUGCCCAGUCCACAGGCGAUGGUGGGACAGCCGUGGAGUUGUUGGGUGGACGCCAUGAAACAGCACGGGAAUGAUGGCUUGGAAUUAGAUGAAAGUUGCAAGGAGUGUGGGAAAAAUCGUGAAGUGAUGAGGCUUUAUAAAGAAGAUAUGCCAAUAUUUGGUCAUUAUCCAGCACAUGAUGAUUUCUUCCUGGUGGUAUGCACACUCUGCAACAGACUUGUAAAGCCUCAGGCAAUUCAGGCACAUUAUGAAAAAAGACACAGUUCCUCAAGCAAGCCUUCUGUGACUCCUGCUUCCCUUUCUUCAACCCCUCUUCCCUUAGUACAAACUACAAAAAGCAAAGGUAGCAGUAACAGCAGUAGCAUUCGCUCUUCAGGUGGUAGCAAUUCGUCAUCGGCCUCCAAGACUUUUAAACCACCCAAAAACAAACUGCAUGUCAGUGGAGGCAGCAGGCCAGCACACCCUUUACUACACAAGAUUCCACAUGAAAAAAGUUUGACGCCAUCUGUGAAAGUUGAAAGAAUUCCUGUUACCUCAAAGGUUGAAGGAAAAUCUUCUCUCGUUCCAACUCCUCCAGCCACUGCAAGUUCCCCAGUAAAGCCCAGCCUUAAUGGUCCCUCAAUACCAAAGUUACCCCAGCCUUCCUCUGGACAGACAGAUGGAAAAGGUCCUUUCUGUGUGCCCUCUUCACUGGAAAAGAAACAAGAGGAUACCAACAACAAAAAGCUUUUUAAUAAAAGGCUUUCAGACCGAGAGUUUGAUCCUGAUAUACACUGUGGAGUGGUCAAUGUGGAUACAAAGAAACCCUGUGCAAGAUCUUUGACUUGCAAGACACAUUCCUUAACUCAGAGGAGGGCAGUACAGGGUCGUAAAAAACAAUUUGAUACAUUACUUGCUGAGUACAAAAGCAAAACCAGGGAAAAAGAGUUGCCUCGAAAUCCAAAUCAUCAGCAUCAGCCACCACAAGUGACCACCCCUUUGAGGGAAACGCAUCCCCCACUGUCAAAAAAUUCACAAGAGCUGCAUCAAAAUUCAAAUGGAGGCAUCACUUCAGAAUGGAAGGCUCCAUCAGUCGUCAAACCUAAAUCUCAAAACACUAGUCUUCCAAGGCCGCCUCCAGUCUGUGCAGUAGGACAUAGUGUAAAUGCCUCUGAGGCUCACACAGCCCAGGAACCUCCACACACUUCCAUAUCAGCAGCUGAGGCAGCAUCUCGGUUAUCAACUGAUGAUGAAGAAGUUGAUGAGAAGGAAGAAUCUACUGAAAAACUGGACUACCAUUAUUCUGGCCAACACCCCAGGCCAGCAGCUAUUUGCACAUUUGGAAGUCGGCAGAUUAGGACAGGUUACUUUGUGUUUGACAGGAGAUGGGACCACAUUCGAUGUGCAUUUAAUUCAAUGAUGGACAAGCAUAUUAAUUCACAGAUGUGGAAAAAAAUUCCUCCUGCCUCAAGCAACACAGCAUGCACUGCAGUACCACACAGACAUAGCACAAAUUCUUCAUCCGGGUCACAACAUAGGUUAAAUGCAGCAAGCCUCCUGUUGACUACUUCAGCAUUGACAUCAGUUUCGCAUUCUUCAACGUAUGUAGGACCUCACAAUGGCAAGUCGGGUUUUUUUCAUGGCACAUCUUCGAACCCCAGUGCUGCAGCUUUGAUUGCAGAAGACUCUACCAGUAACUUACAGUCCAGACAGGUGUCUCCUUCCCGUUUACCAUCAGUACCUUCACCCGUGUCUAACAAAUCUCCAAAAAUAAAACCCAACAGUAAGUCACUGAAGCUGAAGGAAACUGUUAAUGCCUUUGCUGACUGCAAUAGUACCUAUAGUAAUAGUAGCAGCAGUACCUUCUUGGGAAAGAAACGUAAAAGCAGUUCUCCAUUGCCAGCAUCGCUUUCUUUUUCUUCUCAUUCCACAGACACUUUUAAGAAAAACUGCAUAUCCAACUCUGGAAGCUCGGGGACCUCGUAUCACUCAGCUGUGACGUCGUCUCACAAUAGCACACACAGUGUAGGACUAAAUUGUGCGACAAAUAAAACAAACUCUUUAAGCCACAAACAUGACCAAUCAGGGAGGGGCCCUCAAAUGGGGAGCCCUGCAGAACCAAUAAAAAGAAUGAGUGUGAUGAUGAACAGUAGCGACUCUACACUCUCAUUAGGACCGUUUGUGCAUCAUUCAGAUGAGCAGACAUUGAACUUGCAUGGCAUUUAUUCAUGCUCACAAACUACUUUAGACAGGUUUGAAGGAAAGAAACGAAAAAUGUCACCUGGUUCAAGCAACAUAAACAGCAGUAGUAGCAAACAGAUCAAGCCUACCAAAUCUACAACUUUGAACAAUAUUCACUCAAAACAUGCCAGCACAAUCCCAGGGACACAAGGAUUUCCACACAAUUCUCUUUUACAUCAGCACAUGUUGGAUUUGCCAAAGGCACGACCCUGACAGCUGGCACUGCUGUGGAAAUGAACAGAACUGGACAUGAUUCACUACAGAGACUUCAGCUGGCAUGCCGGACUCCAAGAUGCCUUUAAGUUAUCUCAGCUUCCUUUUGUCCUCAGGUGUGGAGAUCUGGAUCUGAUGAGAUGUCAGUUGCAAGGAAUUGCCUGAAGCCAUGUCUAUAGCAAUCAAUACUGUACAUGGACACUGGAAGAAUUUUAGCCAUGCCGAUGUAAUCAGUGUUAUGAAUGCAUAGGACUGUGAAGUACAGAUAAGUGAAAGUUUUAUGCAAGAGACCACCAAUUGCCAUCUCCUGCUACUUUUGGUACUAAGUGGCCUGGGCAAAACAGUGUUUUAAGCCCCUUCUAUGGGUUUUGCUCACACUAAUGACUUAGCACAGUGACCAAUAGUUACUGUUAAGAAUACCAAAUGAAGGGUUAAAAAUGGCUGUAGUAUUCUUAACAUUAGUGCUUCUAUUUAAUAAAUAUUAGCACAACUCAGCCAUGAAAUUGGACUAAUAAUUUGCUUAAAGCAGAACUGUAUUCAUUUGCCUGGCCUUUUAAAGGAGCCUGGAAUAAGAAGUCGUCAGAAGUUCAGAUGCAUUUAUUUUAUAUGUAACAGAGCUGAAAAGGCAAGUACAAGUAAGCAUUAUAAUAAAUGAACAGUUUAAAAAUACUGGAAACAUGACAUAGGAGAAAAAUUGUGUUUUACACUAGAAAAGGAAAUAAUUAAAAAAAGGAUCUUGUACAAUGUUAUACCAUUUCUUUAGACAGGUUAUAAAGGCUUGAUUCAGUAUUCAGAGAGGUAGGCACUUUGUAGUGCAUCUUUAUUUUUAGGAACUGUUACACUAAUGAAAAAUGUAGACCGGUUUAAAAAAGUAAGAAUUAGAUUUUCUUCCCCUCCAACUACCCUUCUGCACUAACAUCUUUAAAACUUUCAUAUGUGAUAGCUUAUCUUAUUCUAGCUGCAUACAGAAUUGUUAUUGUUAAUGUUAUACAACAUUUUGAAAGUUUUUUUAACUUUAUCAUUACUUCAGUAAUGGUCAGGUCUUGGGCGUCUUCCUCACCAGAAAUGUCCCUUCAUUUUAUUCUACAUUUUACACUGCCUUCUGCAAUGUUUCAUUUUAUAGAUUUCACUCUCUUUAGUCACCCUGUUUGUUUACUUUUUGGUGCUUGCAUUUUCAUUUCUGCUUUGAAUUGUAUGUUAGAUAUAACUUAAUUUGAUAUAGUGCUUUCUUCUGGAUCAAGUCUCCCUUUUAGGUUAGGAUCAUUUCCCAGCUACAGUGAUUGUCCAGCUGAGGCAACUUUUGCUUGAAGAAACAUUUUGUUCUCUCUUUCUUGGUGGUGAUGGAGUAUGCAGUGACUUUGUGCAUUUUCUUUCUUUGAACUGUUGGUGAUCAGUGAAUACUGUGGACCUCCAGGCUGUGUCAGGGUUCUGUCCAGCACUGGAUGUGUACCCAUCCAUCUCUCUGGGAAGGUGAAACCUCCUUUAGUGUUUAAUCCUUCUUUAUCCUACCCAGCUCUUUAGUGACCUGGCUCCAUUCUUUAGCUUGGGUGAUAGUAGGCAGUUUUAGUACUAUUUUUGAAGAGGUGAGCAGGCUUUUGUCUUUCAUUUGCUGCUGUUCUAAUUUCAGUAUGUCAGUACACAACUUGCUACUGAAUGUAUUUCUUCAUAAAAAUGAGACCAACUGCAGCAAGGGGAAUCAGGUUUGGUUAAUUACAAACAGCAGAAAUCUUGGAUCAAAUUAGGUUAGUUUAUGACUGAAAGUAAUAAGCAAGAUAAAUGUAGCAUUUCCCACUUUUGGUUCUUUGGAGCUGAUCUUGCAUCCCAUAUUCCAGUUAGUAGUGCUUUUCAGGAAUACUUACGUUGGGCAUUAUUUUAGCAUUAUUUAAAAUAUAUGGUUUACUAUGGGGUACCAGAUCAUGAUAACCAUUAUGUUCAGAUGACAGUUUAUGCUGUCAUAUACAGAAGGCAAGCAGAAACCACAGGCCUGUGUCUGCAGGCACUUAAUCCACAUGGACAACUCAGUGCAAGUGACAUUUUAAUGGCAAAUACCUGAAUUAUAUAUAAAAUGCUUUUCUAAAUCCCUCUGUAUACACACCAGCAAGAAAGCAGUAGAAAAGCUUCUGGUGUUUUCUUUGGGUAAUGUAUGCCAUUUGUUAAAUUGUGAGUUGUAGUUUUCUUUUGUGGUCCCUGUAAAAAGCUGAUCAUUAAAUUUUAUUUGAAUAUAGUUGUUCUAAGCUAGCAAAGACUUGCACAGGACUUUAAGAAAAAUUUGUUGGAGUAAGUGAAGCAUAUGAAGAGACUGCCAAAAGGAAGGUUUGGAAUCUAAUGGUUUGCAAGUCCUGAUGUUUGCCAUACUUGUAUCUAAUCCUGUACAUGCUGUUUUAGUAGGUCCCCAGUUUGUAGCUUGUUUGAAGUCUUUGAUUUAAUAGCACUUUCUGUAUUCAGUCUUCUGCAGUCUGCUUUUUAAUAGAAACUAAAAACAAAUAUGGACAGAAUUCUGCAGCCAAAUUCUCUUUAGAAACUGAAAGAGAGCAUUGCACUCCAUCUGUUUAAAGCACUGUUAGGAAGUAGUUUGUUAAAAUUGCUUUCUUUUCACUUUUGUGAUCUUUGCCCCUAUGCAUGCCAGCCUUCAAAUUUCCCCUCAUCUGGCACUGCCCCAUUUGUUCUACCCAGGGUCAGGACGAAAGCUGCAUGAAUGGAGCAGCCUUGAGGGAACUCUAUGCCCUUGGCAGCAUCCUGACAGUGUCUGUAAUGGCUUAACCCUGACUGUGGCUGGGGAGACAUGUAACCCACGUCACUACAGAGGUACACAGUGUAUUCCCCAUGUGAGUACACAUUUCCUCACCUGUAUGAAAGACCAGCACCAGAAGUAGGUUGGUGGGCCUAAUGCACGUUUCUAGACCAUGCAUGUGCUUUACAGUCCUUCCUUUGAGGUGUUGCAGUAGCACAUUGCUAGCUCUGCCAUCCUCCCAAGGAUGAGCAUACCCAUCUUCCCCAGCACCUGCCUGAGCCACUAUUCAAACUCUGAUCACCUAGACCGUAGUCAGGUCUUUAUCCCAUUGUGCCUCUGAAACACUCUGGUGAAAUAAUUUUUUACACUCACUUGGGUACCUAGUGAAUUUCCUGGGCCAGGUGAUCAAAAGAGGCAGCUUUUUUGUAGAGAAACUUGGGUAUUUAAACAGACUCAUAAUCUAAUCCAUAAAACAUGAUGUUGCACAAAAUAGUUUGCACCAAAUACAGCAUUUCCUUUUGUGUGCAAGGAAUAUUUCUUGCUAUAACAAGUUAGAUUGCACAUCGUUGCACACUGUUUCUUGCAAAGUUUCUCAAAAUGUCCAUUCCAUGGACCCUCCCUACCAUCUUUAAUUUUCUGGAGCAUUUUAUUUUGAAGUGGCACUGACUUCAUAGACAGUUUCUCAUGUUUUCUGUUAAGUUUGGUUUAUGUUAGCUUUAGCUGUGCUUUAAUGAAAGAAGAACAUGUAUUGGGAAAGAUACAUAAAAAAUAGCUUCCACAUUGACAGACUGUGCUCCAUGAAAUGUAGCAACAUCUUGUACAUCCAACCUGUUGUUCAUUUCUUAUACUAAUUGUAUUGAGCACUGUCCAUUAUGUUUGUCUUUUAAUCCUCUGAAUGUGACAGACAGAUGUUUACCUGCUAAAGUACUUCUGAUGGCAUGGUUACAGAUGAGGAAAUUAAGGACAUGAACUGCAUAAGAUAGUGCUAUCAUAGAGAUAAAAGGAAACAUUUUAUGACUGUUUAGAAGUAUAAAAUUGGACAUCAUGAAAUUUACAUACCACGGAGUGAUACUCAAGAGUCAUGCCAGUGCUAGCUACAUAUUUUCCCCUCUGGAAGCCAAGAAGACCAUUUGGCAUGUAGCUAGAUGUUCACGUAUAGUGGUAGAUUUACCUAGAUCUUUUUUUUUUUUUUUUUUGUAUUUCUUCAAAAGCUCUUAUGUGAAACACAGCUUUUUAUACCUAUGCUGUGUCAUGCUGCACUGCUUUUUCUUUUAGUAUCUGCAUAGUUGGUCAUGGACUGAGUUUUCCUCAAGUCUAGUGCAUACAUUUAAAACAAAAACUAUCAAUUAUACCUAGAACAAAGCAUUUUUCUUAAAGUUGCUUAGCCUGUUUGGUUUUUCUCUCAUUUGUAGAGUUAUUCACUCAGCCAUUUAAAGCAGCUGUAGAGUAAUAA